GGCCCAGCGGGGUGACAGCCGCAAUUGGACUCCGAGCCCGGCCCGACGCCGCCAUGAGCGCCGCGCUCUUCAGCCUGGACGGCCCGGCGCGCGGCGCGCCCUGGCCCACGGAGCCCGCACCUUUCUACGAGCCGGGUCGAGUGGGAAAGCCGGGCCGAGGGGCCGAACCGGGGGCCCUCGGGGAGCCGGGCGCCGCCGCCCCCGCCAUGUACGACGACGAGAGCGCCAUCGACUUCAGCGCCUACAUCGACUCCAUGGCCGCAGUGCCCACCCUGGAACUGUGCCACGACGAGCUCUUCGCUGACCUCUUCAACAGCAACCACAAGGCAGGCGGCGGCGGCGCGGGCGGCGCGGGCGCCCUGGAGCUGCUGCCAGGCGGUCCCCCGCGACCCCCGGGCCCAGGCCCCGCCGCCCCGCGCCCGCUCAAGCGCGAACCCGACUGGGGCGACGGCGAGGCGCCGGGCUCGUUGCUGCCCGCGCAGGUGGCCGCGUGCGCGCAGACCGUGGUGAGCCUGGCGGCCGCCGCGCAACCCACACCGCCCACGUCGCCGGAGCCACCGCGAGCCAGCCCGGGGCCGAGCCCCGCGCCCGGCCCCGCCCGGGAGAAGGGCACCGGCAAGAGGGGCCCGGACCGCGGCAGCCCCGAGUACAGGCAGCGGCGCGAGCGCAACAACAUCGCCGUGCGCAAGAGCCGCGACAAGGCCAAGCGGCGCAACCAGGAGAUGCAGCAGAAGCUGGUGGAGCUGUCGGCGGAGAAUGAGAAGCUGCACCAGCGCGUGGAGCAGCUCACGCGGGACCUGGCCGGGCUCCGGCAGUUCUUCAAGCAGCUGCCCAGCCCGCCCUUCCUGCCCGCCACCGGGGCCGCCGACUGCCGGUAACGCGCGGCCCGAACGGGACAGACUCACCAACGACCGAUACCUCAGACCCGACGGCCCGGGAGCGAGCGUGCCCUGCCCUGCGCAGCCCGGGCGCCCACAGAGCCGCCCGGCGCCGGCUGCAGUUUUCUUCGGGACGUGUGGGCGACGGGAAGCUACAGCCUGGACUUACCACCACUGAACUGCGAGAGAAGCUAUACGUGUUUAUUUUCCCUUAAAUUAUUUUUAUAAUGGUAGCUUUUUCUACAUCAUACUCCUGUUGAUGCAGCUAAGGUACAUUUGUAUGAAAAAAAAAACUUCAGACAAAUCCUUUGUAUUAUAGAUAAGAGGAAGAGACUGAGCAUGCUCACUUUUUUAUAUUAAUUUUUACAGUAUUUGUAAGAAUAAAGAAGCAUUUAAAAUC